AUUAGUUUGACAGCAGUUUCUUUUCGUUAUCAAUAAUUAUCAGUCUGAUUGUGUAGUAUCGUGAAUAAUAGUGCUCGUAAUUAAAAGUAAAGUAAUAAUAAUGUUAUCAUCGAUGAGUAAACGAUAAACAGCAUGUACGAUAGCACGUGCGGCGCCGCCGCUACGGGACAAUGUGGAAAGUCCCAGCGCGAGGGCGAUGGGCCUCCGCCGCGCGAGCCUCCGCCGGCUCCUCUAGAACGGGAUUACAGCGGAUUCGAUAUUGUAAAGGCCACACAAUAUGGGGCUUUUGCUCGUGUAAAAGAACUUGUCGAGGCCGGUUGGGAUGUAAAUCAACCAGAUCACGAAACAGUAACUCUCUUGCACUGGGCUUCUAUAAACAAUAGACGGGAGAUCAUCGAGUACCUGCUGUCGAAGGGCGCGAAAGUGGACGCGAUCGGCGGCGAGCUGCAGUCGACGCCGCUGCACUGGGCCACGCGCCAGGGCCACCUGGAGGCCACGGUGCUGCUGGUGCGCGCGGGCGCCGACGCCUCGCUGCGCGACGCGGAGGGCUGCGCGUGCCUGCACCUGGCGGCGCAGUUCGGCCACACGGCGGUCGUGGCCUACCUGGUGGCGCGCGGCGUGGCGGCCGACGGGCCCGACGCGGGCGGCAUGACGCCGCUCAUGUGGGCCUGCUGGAAGGUGUCGGCCGUGGACCCGGCGCGCCUGCUGCUCACCCUGGGCGCCUCCACCAACCCCACCGACCGUUCCCACGGCAACACCGCGCUGCACUGGGCCAUACUCGCUCGCAACACUACGGCAAUCACCACCCUGAUCCUCUAUGGAAACGCCAGCUUAGAUGUGCCCAACCUUCGCGGAGUGACGCCCCUCGCGAUGUUGCAGAGCAGUGCGGACUCGUUGUGGGUUGGUUCCAAGGUUUCCGACAAAAUAAAAGAACAUGCUGUGAUAUCGUCCAAGAAGAAUAUAUUUCGCCGACUGGCGUACGACAAGAAGUUUCGGUGGUGGUGCGUAGUGAGCAUCCCCUUCCUAGCGUUCUACAUCACGGGGCUGGUGCUGGAGAUGGACGCCAUGUAUCCGAUCAAGGCCUUCCUUCUCGUCUGCUUCUACGCGCUCCUCCACUUUCUGACCAACGCGCUCUUCGACGAUGACCUCAAGAAUAUAUUUCCUCUGAGCGUGUAUCUGGCGACUAAGGUGUGGUUCUACAUCACGUGGCUGGCGUUCGUGGCGCCCGUGGUGAGCGGCGCGGCCACGGCCGGCUUCCUGCUGUGCUCGCUGGCGCUCUGGUACACCUUCCUGCGCUCGUGGCGCAGCGACCCCGGCGUCAUCAGCGCCAGCCGCGCCGACAAGUUCCGCACCAUCAUCGAGCUGUCGGAGCGCGGCGGCGCGGGCGGCGGCUUCGAGCCGGCGCGGUUCUGCUCGGCGUGCCUGCUGCGGCGCCCGCUGCGCUCCAAGCACUGCUCCGUGUGCAACCGCUGCGUGGCCAAGUUCGACCACCACUGCCCCUGGGUCGCCAACUGCAUCGGAGCCAAGAACCACCGCUACUUCGUGGGGUUCCUGGUCAGCCUGGUGGUGAUGUGCGCGUGGAUGCUGUGGGGGGCGACGCGCUCGUUCACGGCGCGCUGCGGGGCGGCCGCGGGGCCCGGCGCUCCUCUGGCCUGGGCCUCGUGCGACGCGUGGCUGGCCUGGGUGUCGCUCAACGCCGCCUUCCACCUGUUCUGGGUGACGGUGCUGGCGUGCUGCCAGCUGUACCUCGUGGUGUGCCUCGGCAUGACGACCAACGAGCAGCUGAACCGCGGGCGCUACCGGCACUUCCAGGCGCGGGGGGGCCGCUCGCCCUUCAGCCGCGGCCCGCUCAACAACCUGGCGGACUUCCUGGGCUGCGGCCUGUGCUGCGCCUCCGUGCGCGCGCGCGACUGGGCCGCGGCCGGCCUGGACGAGCCGGACGGGCCGGACGGGCCGGACGGGCCGGACGCUGACGAGCGGCCCAUGCUGUCGCCGCGCCACUUCGUGUGAGCGCCUCGAGUCGUUGGGGAAUGGGGAGGGGGGGGGUACUGGGUCGGUAUGCUGUAAAUUAUAUUUUUGUAAGUGUGUCCGUGGCGAAUGUUGACGAGAUGAUUCGUUAAUUAUUAUUUUAAUCGAAUUAGUACAAAACAUAAAUUUUAAGUAGACCUUCCGUCUGUCGACGUUAAUGGUUCCUUCUCUUAGACAAAUAAAGAAUGAAAUGACAGAAUGUCGACAAUGACGACGAAUUUCAUACAAGUCGAAGUGUGAGAUCACACCUUAGCUAUGAAACGCAGGAGGGCCUCGACAGUCGGUCCAUAGCGGAGUUGUAAAUUAGAAGCAUCUGCUUAUGGAGGAAUCGUUGGGAGGCUGCUGUCGGCGACCGCUCGCAGUGUUGUAAUGUUUAUUUUGUUAUAGUCGAUACUUUUACAAUUUUGACGCUUUGAUAUUACUUUAAGAUGCGAGAGGACGUCGUGCGUUAAUUUAAUUAUUAUUAUACUCGACAACAAAUAAUGUAGUACAGAAAGUCAUAAUUAUACGUUUCACAAGUACCUGUGUGUGCGUGCGUGUGUGCGAGAAGUCGACGCGUCAGUAUUAGCACGACUGUUUCACUAAGAUUGCUCGAUGUAAAUACUUUGGAGAUGUAAUAAUAUUUUAUCACAAAUAUUUAACUACUUAACUAUGUACUAGGUAUGCUUCAUAUCAUACUACGGUUUAAUACGAACAAAAUAUUCUAAAUGCAUAUUCCUGUUUUAUUAAAUUUAUACUUCCUAAGCUUAAAGCGAGUGUUCUGGAGUCUAAUUUAUUCGGCACGAGUCGAUGUAACUGUAAAGAUUGAGAUAUUGUGUAACGAUAUAAUACCAAAUGCAUUUGAAUUUAAUAAAGAAAACAAAAACCA